CUGAGGCAGGAGACUUGGAGGCACUCUAGUGAGCCACAAGGGCAACUGGUGUCGUGAACCUCCUGGCCGGAGGCGGCAGCAGCGGGCGGCGGAGUGUGUACAGUGUGGCAGCGGCGGCGGAGUACGGUGUAGCCAGCCGGUCCGAUACAAUGUAGCGGCAGCCAGGUGGGAUGCUAUGGAACACGACGAGAAGCUGGCUCGGUUCCGGCAGGCCCACCUCAACCCCUUCAACAAGCAGCUUGGCCCAAGGCAUCAUGAGCAGGAACCCAACGAGAAGGCCCAAGAGAUCUCUUCCGACGAGACCGUGCCUGAGCUGCCCGCCGGAGAGCCUGAGUUCCACUUCUCUGAGCGCGUGAUGGACCUUGGCCUGUCUGAAGACCACUUUUCCCGGCCUGUGGGCCUCUUCCUGGCCUCUGAUGUUCAGCAGCUGCAGCAGGCAAUCGAAGAAUGCAAGCAGGCCAUCCUGGAGCUGCCCGAGCAGUCAGAGAAGCAGAAAGACGCCGUGGUGAGGCUCAUCCACCUCCGGCUGAAGCUACAGGAGCUGAAGGAUCCCAACGAGGAGGAGCCCAACACCCGGCUUCUCCUGGAGCAUCGCUUCUACAAGGAGAAAAGCAAGAGCGUCAAACAGACCUGUGACAAGUGCAAUACCAUUAUCUGGGGCCUCAUUCAGACCUGGUACACCUGCACAGGGUGUUAUUACCGCUGUCACAGCAAGUGCCUGAACCUCAUCUCCAAACCGUGUGUCAGCUCCAAGGUCAGUCACCAGGCUGAGUACGAGCUAAACAUCUGCCCCGAGGCUGGGCUGGACAGCCAGGACUACCGCUGUGCAGAGUGCCGCACUCCCAUCUCUCUGCGAGGUGUGCCUAGUGAGGCCCGGCAGUGUGACUACACCGGCCAGUACUACUGCAGCCACUGCCACUGGAACGACCUGGCUGUCAUCCCUGCGCGAGUGGUGCACAACUGGGACUUUGAGCCACGCAAGGUGUCCCGCUGCAGCAUGCGCUACUUGGCACUGAUGGUGUCUCGGCCAGUGCUCCGGCUCCGGGAGAUUAACCCUCUGCUAUUUAACUACGUGGAAGAGCUGGUGGAGAUCCGGAAGCUGCGCCAGGACAUCCUGCUCAUGAAGCCAUACUUCAUCACCUGCAAAGAGGCCAUGGAGGCACGGCUGCUGCUUCAGCUCCAAGACCGACAGCAUUUUGUGGAGAAUGAUGAGAUGUACUCCAUCCAGGACCUCUUGGAGGUGCACAUGGGCCGCCUCAGCUGCUCGCUCACGGAGAUCCACACGCUCUUUGCCAAGCACAUCAAGCUGGACUGUGAGCGGUGCCAGGCCAAGGGGUUCGUCUGUGAGCUCUGCAAAGAAGGCGACGUGCUGUUCCCGUUUGACAGCCAUACGUCUGUGUGCACCGACUGCUCAGCCGUCUUCCACAGGGACUGCUAUUACGACAACUCGACCACAUGCCCCAAGUGUGCCCGGCUCAACUUGAGGAAGCAGUCGCUAUUCCAGGAACCUGGUCUAGAGAUGGAUGCUUAGAACACUGGAGGAGACGCCGGGCACCGUAUCUGGCCCUCUGGCUGCUACCCUGCUGGCAUUGCCAACCAGGUGUUCUUCCUACCCUGGAGACCUCUGAGUGCAUUCUCCAGACCUCUUCGGCUCUUUUGGGUCCAAAGGAAGUGACUGGUGGCCACCAGGACUCUCAUUCUCCAGGUGCUUGCUGAGACUUGGAGUGUCUAUACCUGGCUGUUUAUUGGGUUUGCUGCUAUAAAGGGUCAAAAUGCUGCCUCUGCCCCACUGGAGGACUCCGUAGGCAGGGGAGCCUGGGUAUGACUCCCCAGGAGAGUGGAGAAGUCACUCUCCAAUGGCACAGAGCCCUCCAGGCCUUUACAACUAUGUCUUCUGCGCCAUAGAGAUGACCCUGCUCCUGUCCAGACCGCCCUAGAGGCUGGGUUGGAACUUCAGAGGCCAGUGAGACAGAAGGCGCCUCCUGACUGAGUUUCAUCUCUGCUGUGGGUGACCAGGGUUCUUCUUUGAGGCUCCCGACCCUCUGAGCACCUUGUUUCCUCAGGGGCUUCAGGUUUUCUCUGACUGGGGCUGUUCCCAACAGUGUCCCACGGUCCUUCCCCAGCCCCCUGGGGGUCACCCUCAUCCUUAGUCUGUCACUCCUGCGUGUUUCCUUUGCCCUUCUUGUGCAGUGGGGAGGGGACGGGGUCUGUGGAGCAGUUCUUGGCAGAUGCACCUGUUUCUGCCAUAGCCUCGUCCACGUCAUCCUGGUGCUCUGAGCCUGGCAGCUGGGGACCCAUCCUAAGGAAGGUAUCUCAGCCUCCGGUUCCAUAGGUGGGACUGUGUCCUGGGAAGAGGUCCAAGGUCAGUUGAGCCUGUAGUUAUCGUUGGCCUGUGUGGCACUCGGGGGACCAGAUUUUCCCACAGAGGUCUGCUCUAUUGCUGCCAUGCUCCUUGAGGAUGGUCUGUUUCUGAGUUUUGACUUAGGAGCUGAUUCCAAGGGCUAGGAACAUUCGCUCAAGGAAGGCCCAAGGCAUAUGCAGGAAGGUCCAGGCUUUAAAGGUGGGCAGGCCUGACAGUUU